AUGGGUGUACUCUUCCGUUUUAAUUUUCUACGAAUCUCCUCCUCAGUCCCGAAGAGUAGAGAAUUUGUAACUUGCGGCGCGAAGAUGGCCCAAUUCAGAGUCCAUAAUUCACUGAAACCAGGAGCGCCAGUGCCGUUUAUUCCAAAGGAAGAAGGCAAGAUAUCUUGGUAUGCCUGUGGACCGACAGUUUAUGAUCAUUCCCAUUUGGGGCAUGCAAGGAAUUAUGUCUCGACUGAUAUCAUACGCCGCAUCAUGCGGGACUAUUUUGGGUUCAAUGUUAAGUUUGUUAUGAACAUUACAGACGUAGAUGACAAGAUAAUUCUAAAGGCAAGAAGACAGAAAUUAUUGGAAGUAGAGAAAUCAAAGUCUCACACUGAAUCCGAACUUAUCGCGCUCACUACCGCUGCCUUUGAAUUUUAUGCCAAAAAAAACUUACCUGAAUUACUUACAGCUUCAGGUGUGGAAAAUUUGAGUCCAAAAAACUUCUUAGCAUGGAGGGAUCAAGUUUAUGGAGCUGUUCUUUCCGGUGGUACAUUGACAGGAGUAGGAAAGCCAGGAGAUGCUGAGGCUAAGAUAAAGAUGCAUCUUUACAAUUUAUCCUCGGCCUCAGAUGCAAUACUGGAAAACAAAAUAUUCGGCAAGGCAGAUGAAGUCCUCCUAGCAUACUUGGACUCUCUAUACAAGGAGUCAAUUGAUGGACAUGACCACAAAAUAUUCACAGAUGUUACAAGAUAUUGGGAAGAUCAAUUUAUGGCUGACAUGGAUAAACUUAAUGUGUUAAGGCCCGAUACUAUAACGCGCGUAACAUCUUAUGUACCCAAAAUUAUAGACUUUGUAGCACAACUUAUGCACAAAGGAUUUGCCUACGAAGUCGAUGGAUCUGUUUACUUCGACAUUACCGCUUUUGAAAAAUCUGGUAAUCAAUAUGCUCGACUAAGGCCCGAUAGUCGAAAUGAUAAAGCCUUGCAGGAAGAAGGUGAGGGCUCUCUAUCAAAAAAUCUCGGAGAGAAGCGUGGAGCAGGCGAUUUUGCCUUAUGGAAAAAAUCUAAAGCUGGCGAACCAGUCUGGCCAAGUCCAUGGGGAGAAGGUCGGCCAGGAUGGCAUAUUGAAUGCUCAGUUAUGGCAUCUGAUAUCUUAGGUUCACAAAUGGAUAUUCACUCGGGCGGGAUAGAUUUGACAUUUCCUCAUCACGAUAACGAAUUAGCGCAGAGUGAGGCAUAUUUUUGUGAACCUAGUAAUGGAUGUCACGAUUGGGUUAGAUACUUUCUACACAUGGGGCACUUAUCUAUUGCUGGGUCGAAGAUGUCAAAAUCUUUAAAGAAUUUUCAAACUAUUCGAGAUUCCUUAAAGACCGACUUUAGUCCAAGAAGAAUGCGCAUUGUAUUCUUAAUGGGACGCUGGAAUGAUGGCGUUGAAAUUUCAACAGAUAUGAAAAUUAUGGCUGAAGCCUGGGAGACAACUGUUAACAAUUUUUUUGUAAAUGUAAAAUCUCACUUAUCUGAAAAUAUUUCCAUGCUUAACCCCGGAAUUGCCCCAAUGUCUCACUCAGCGCUUGCAGAUACGUUAAAAAAAGCUCAGCUCGAUCUUCACUCAUCACUUACAGAUUCGUUUGAUACUCCGCGCGCACUGCGUGUUAUAUCUGACCUUAUCAAAGAAGUAAAUAUUCACAUUUCUACUCAAAAAUUAUCUCCCGAUAUUGUUACGCUUGAAGCAGUGGCUCGUUGGGUUACAAGGAUCAUCGGUAUUCUUGGUCUUGACGCAAAUGCCUUAGCCCCGUACGACGGGCUUGGAUGGUCGAGUGGACCAUCAAGUACAAAUCUCAGCUCUCAGGAGAUAGUUUCAGGUUACAGAGAAGUAUUUAACCAAGUUAUAAAUGAGGUUGAAGGUCUUGGACUUGAGUCUAAUACCGAGUUAAUCUUGACAAGUAAAAAUGUUGAAACUGAAUUCAGCGUUCUGAAGGAAUCUGGUGCUAAAGAUGUUCAUGUACUAGCUAUGCCCUUCCUCCGUGCUACAUCCAAACUUCGAGAUACUCUCCGGAAGCUAGCCCCGAACUCGGAGGCUAAAAAACAAAUUCUUGAUCUUUCAGAUCGAAUUCGGGAUGUUUAUCUUCUUGAACUUGGAGUUUACCUAGACGAUCGUUCAAUCGAACAAGGUGCACUGAUAAAGUUUGUACCUAAGUCAGAACUUUUAGCGCAGCGGGAGGAAAAACUCCUCAAAGAACGCGAGAAGAUUGCGCUCAAAGAAAAAGCACGUUUAGAUCGAGAAAAUUUAGAUGCAGAAAGAGCAGAAAGGGCUAAAAUCAAUCCGAUGGUCAUGUUCCGAUCUGAUACAAAAUGGGGGGCAUGGGAUGAUCAAGGAAUUCCAACUAAAUUACAGGACGGUUCAGAAGUACCUAAAAGUGCGCUUAAAAAACUUAAAAAGGAUUGGGAGAGACAAAAAAAAGCUCAUGAUGAAUGGAUCAUUAAGAGUAGCAGUACUUAA